AUGCCUGCUGAGCAAGACCUUGAAUCAUACACUCUCAAGGGCGGUAUCAAGAUCGUAGAGCGGUUCUUCGAUCUGCCAUUGGACUAUGGCAACCCAAAUGGACAAACCAUACGCGUGUUUGCGAGGAACUGUAUACCGUUAGCAAAAGCGAAAACACCGGAAGAAGAAGCGAAACUUCCGUACCUGGUAUAUCUUCAGGGAGGUCCGGGGUUCGAGGUUCCGCUGAACGAUGGCUCUGGCUUUGCUGCUGAGAUUUAUGAAAAAGGAUACCAGAUCCUCUGGUUGGACCAACGCGGUACAGGACUGAGCACGCCGAUCUCACCGGAAACAUUGACCUCGUUCGAGACGGACUCGCAAAUCGCGAACUACCUCAAGCAUUUCCGCGCCGAUUCCAUUGUAAAGGAUUGCGAAGCUAUCCGAAAUUUUUUGCUAGGAAACAGGGAAGACCCCGAAGAUCGCAAAUGGACAAUCAUGGGUCAGAGCUUCGGUGGAUUCUGUUCCAUCACCUAUCUCUCAUUCCAUAGCGAGGGUCUCAAGGAGGUUUUCGUCACUGGUGGUUUGGCGCCUUUGAUCGAGAAUCCCACUCCCAAUUAUGAAGCAACUGUUAAUCGGGUGAUCCACCGAAACAAGAUCUAUUACGCGAAAUAUCCUCGCGAUGUCAAAAGAGUUCGAAAUAUCCUAGAUCAUUUGUCAUCGAAUAAGAUUACACUACCGAAUGGUGGACGGUUAACGCCGAGUCGCUGGCAACAGCUAGGCAUCGACUUCGGCAUGAGCGGUGGUAUUGAUCGAGUGCACCAGUUGGUCUUCCGCGCGGAUAAUGACUUAUCGAUGUUCGGCAAGCUCUCGUACAAGACCCUGCAACUUGUGCAAGAGAAGCAGUCAUACGACGGUAAUCCCAUCUACGCUAUCUUGCACGAGCCGAUCUAUUGCCAGGGUCAUGCAUCCAACUGGGCCGCAGCCAGGGUGAUAGCAAAGCACCCCGAAUUUUCCUGGGUUCACGUACAACAACAAGAUGGCACUACGCCAGUCUACUACUUCGGGGAGAUGAUCUUCCCCGACAUGUUUGAUGAUUACGCCAACCUGCGCCCUCUUAAGGCAGCGGCUGAGAUCCUAGCCAGAGAUACGAGCUGGGGCAGAUUGUACGACCUCGACCAGCUCGGCCGCAAUACUGUCAAAGUCAGCGCCGUUACGUAUUACGACGAUAUGUAUGUCGACUUCAAUCUAGCCCAAGAGACGGCUAGAAAAAUAAAGAACACGGAACAGUAUAUCACCAACCAGCUAGUCCAUGAUGGCAUCCGCGCAGAUGCUAAGGAUGUUAUGAAGCGGCUAUUCGAACUUUCCAAUCGCGAGUUCAACUGA